UGUGGAUUAUUAUCAUGUUUGGGACUAAAUAUUUUUACUGUAGUGGUUCGUCUGGAUGUUUGUCAAUGUUACCUGACCGUUUUUGUCGGAGCAUUAUCGUUCUGUGAAUCACUGAGACGAAAUCUUUUCCAAAGAGAGCACACAGACUCGUCCUUCAAGGCCUCUGGCAGACAGCACUUCAGAUGAACUCCUCCUCACCACCUUCAAGGUUUUUGAACAGCACUGUUCUCCACCACACCGCCCAACUCAACCACCUGACCCACACUACAAGGACCCCUGACAGCUAAGUCUCUCUCAGGCCCAACCACAUAAUGACAGACCUGCUGUAUAUUAAAGGACCCUGCCCAUGCGUCCUCUCCCUGUCACCUCCCUCUCCACUGGCCUUUAUAAGCCUCUCACAAAGGGGGAGCACUACUUUCCAAAGAGGGACCGUGCACAGACAUCUGGAAGGCUAGCUGGUUCGGGCAUCUCCUGUCUAAACGCUGACCAUGGACAACCAUUCAUACAACUUCCCCUCAGACUGCACCCCGCUCACCAACUGUAAGUCUGCCCGUAAGCCGGCUGGAUCCACCGUGGUGAACAUGGGCAACAAUGGCAAGAAUCCUCCCCGGGACUACCUUAUCUGGUCGCUGUGCAACACCUUGUACGUUAACUUCUGCUGCCUGGGGUUCAUGGCUCUCAUCUACUCCAUCAAGGCCAGGGACCAGAAGACUCAGGGCAACCUGCAGCUGGCCCAGGAAUGCUCAGACAAGGCCAAGUGGUACAACAUCCUGGCAGCUGGCUGGAACCUGCUGAUUCCCCUUCUGGCUGUCGUCCUGCUCGUCCUCCUGCUCGUGCACCUGGGCUCGUCCCAGGGCUCCUUCGACUUCUUCGGAGAGGACGGCUUCCAGAACUUCAUGAAACUGUUCAGCUGGUAGAUGGAGGAGAAGGGAGAGAAAUGAAGCCCCCCAAAAAACAGAUCGGUCUUAAAGUCAACCCAUUCACACAAACUCGGAGAGGGUAUUUGAUUGGAUUCAGCAGAUGAGGGCUGGCAUAGUAGCUCCUUAGAAUUUUAGCCAGUAUAAGCCAAGCGAUAAAGGCCUAAGUGGCCUUUUCUGCAUAGAAAUCAGGUCCUGUGCUGCAUCCUAAAAUCUGCUCAGCACUAAAAUAAUCCUAAUUGGAGAGCAAGAAAUGUAGCCUUGGUUUGUGUAUUACAUGAAUGUCCUUUGGGAUGCACCGAUACUAAUGCUGGUAUCAGAUAUUCAGCUGAAACAGGAUAUUCAAACAGUCUCUGAGAGUUGCACACAAACAGCAGUGGAUAAAACAUAAUACUUUUGGACUAGGGAGCUGAAACCAAUGCUAAAAGUUUCUGUUGGUCAGUAAAAGCAACACAACGGUUUGCAAACACUUACUGGAAUUUAUAUUGUGAAUGCCGUGGAACAUUAGUAUCAGUGCAUCCCUAAAUCUAAUGUCAGUGUUAGAGGGAGUUCAGCUCACACCUGCCAGUCUCCCAGACACGUUCAGCCGAGAUGUGAAGUUGAUCGAAGACUGAACAGCCUAAAAUGGAAAAGAAGGGAACAAACGGAAUUUAGAAAGACUAGCAGCUGAGUCCAGACUGAGAGAUUGAGCAAACAGCUCCUCUGGGUCAUUUUUGUUGUUAUUUAUUGUAUUUAUGUGGAAUGGAAGUUUCGACGUCAGCUGAAAUCGUCUGUUGUCAGGGUAGAAAGAGGACAAAAGAGCAGAGAGAGCAGAGGACUGAAGUCUGAAUGUCACGAUGAUGACAAGCCACUUGACAAAAGACAAUCAACAUUCACCUCCCAUUGAUAGUCACUUAUUUUUCUUCUUUCAGCAGUUUUUUAAAAACAUUUUAUUACUGUUAUAACAUCUAUUUUUUGUCAUUAUUCAUGUAUUUUAAUUAGUAUUUUGUCAAGUAUUUUAAUUUUACAUUUUUUUGCU